AUGGCUCCCGAUAUCAACACGAUGGCUCAUUGGGCCACUGAGGGGUAUGCCAACAAUGGGGUGCCUCGAGAGGAAUAUGAAAUUCCCGAUAUCGUAUUGCAUGGCCCCUAUACCAGGAAGAUCCGAGUCUUGUCGAUUGGUGCCGGUGUGACCGGCAUUAUGAAUGCCUAUCACAUCCAAAAGUUUCUACAGAACGUGGAACAUGUGAUCUACGAGAAGAACUCUGAUAUCGGAGGCACUUGGCUGGAAAACAGAUACCCAGGUUGCGCAUGUGAUAUCCCCAGUCAUGCAUACACCUACCCGUUUGCUCUGAAUCCCGAUUGGCCUCGUUUCUUCUCCUACUCACCCGAUAUCUGGAAAUAUCUUGACAAGGUGUGCGAAGUAUGGGGCCUGCGGAAGUACAUGACUUUCAAUACCGAAGUCGUUGGAUGCUACUGGCAACAGCAGACAGGCGAGUGGCUUGUCAAACUCAAGCAGACGAAUUCCGACGGAAGCACACGUCUCUUUGAAGACCGGUGCCACAUGCUUCUUCAUGGGACUGGUAUUUUGAACAACUUCAAAUGGCCCAACAUUGAGGGCAUGGAGAAGUUCAAGGGGAAGAUCAUGCAUACGGCUCGCUGGCCCAAGGAUUACCAGGCCGAGCAGUGGAAGAAGGAUCGAGUCGCUGUCAUCGGGUCUGGGGCCUCCAGUAUUCAGACAGUUCCAACCAUGCAGCCACACGCCAAACACAUCGAUGUGUUUGUUCGGACGGGUGUUUGGUUCGUGCAAAUUGCAAACAACUUUGGUGCAAACCAUGAAUAUACGGAUGAGCAGAAACAAGAGUUCCGUGACCCAUACAAAAUCACCGAGCACGCCAAAUCCAUCGAGGACCAGGUCAAUGGACUCUGGGGUUCCUUCUAUAAAAAUUCGAAAGCCCAGGCAGAGGGACAAGCCGCCUUGAAGGCCCGCAUGGCCGAGAUGAUCAAGGAUGAGAGACUCCUUAAAGGCUUUACCCCGACUUUUGGCAUCGGUUGCCGCAGGAUUACUCCCGGUGACCCAUAUAUGGAAGCCAUUCAGAAGCCCAAUGUCGAUGUACACUUCACGCCGGUGGAAAAGAUUGACGAAACAGGAGUCAUUGGUGGCGACGGCAUCCACCGCGAAGUCGACACCAUUGUUUGUGCUACCGGGUUCGACGUAUCAUACCGUCCUCGCUUCCCCAUCGUCGGCCAGAAUGGAGUCGAGCUCGCCGAUAAAUGGAAGGUCUGCCCCGAGGGUUACCUUGGCCUCGCGAUCCCCGAAUUUCCCAACUUCCUGACAUUCAUCGGACCCAAUUGGCCAGUGGAGAACGGCAGCGUCAUGGGUCCGCUGAUGUACGUCUCGUACUACGCUCUGCAGAUGAUUAGGAAACUCCAGUCCGAGUACAUUUGCAGCAUCGCCCCGAAGCAGGAUGUGACGGAUGCGUUCAAUGAACACUGCCAGGAAUGGAUCAGACAUACCGUUUGGGUCGAAGAAUGCCGAUCAUGGUACAAGAACAACGAGACGGGUCGUGUGAAUGCCGUUUGGCCUGGCUCCUCUUUGCAUUACAUAGAAACAAUCAAAUCACCCCGCUAUGAGGACUUCGAAAUCGAGUACCUCGGUCCGGCCAAGAAGAACAUGUGGGCGUUCUUGGGCAUGGGUACUGUCCAGGCCUUGGUCAACAAAGAGGAUGUAUCGCCAUACCUCAAUCCCGAGUCCAUUGAUCCAGACUGGAUGAAGGCUGUGGGUAUAGAUGCGAGUAAAUUGCACGAGACCAAGAUGAAGGACCUGCAAGCCAAGCAUGAGGAGCAGAAGGAGAAGAGCAAGGAGAACGUGGAGAAGGUUGUUGUCUCCUGAGGAAUUCCGACAGGGGCGACGUGCCCCUUAUGUAAAGGGUGAGGCAGCCUUAUCACGUGAGUACAGGAUCC